CAUCUUUUGCUAGUUUGCUAAUCAGGAUAUCAUGGAGCACUUUGUCAAACUCUUUUCUAAAGUCAUGAUAUGUUAUGGCCACAUCAACCCCACAGUUCACCAGGGAGGUUACCCAAUCAAAAAAUAAAAUCAGAUUAGUUUGGCAGGGUUUCUUCUUAAUCCAUGCUGACUUCUAGUAACCACUGUAUUAUUUUCAGCAUGUUUGAAAAUGGGCUGUUUAAUGAUAGGCUCCAGAAUUUUCCCAGGGACUGAUGCAAGACUGACUGGGAUGGAGUUCCUAGAGUUUUCCUUUAACUUUUUUGACAGUAGGGACAUUAACCUUCCUCCAAGUCAUCCGGCACUUCACCCAUCUUCCAUGAUUUCUCAGUGAUAAGAGGUUCUUCUGCCAGUUCCUUUAUUUCUCGGGGAUGAAGCUCAGCAGGCCCUAGAGGUCUGAACUCAGAGUACUGAGACACCCCUUGGCCAUUUGACUACCAAUCUCAAGCUGCCAUCCUACCUCUUGUACUUCGCUUUUGCCAUUCCAUGCUGACAGGUGGGAAAUACCCUGGUUCCAUGUACUUCCUUUUAUGGGCUUUUUUCACUGUUUCUUAAGGCAUGUGUAUCAACUUUACUGUCUGACGAGCUUUGCUUUUUUAUUUGUUCUGUAUGGGUUCAUGUUGUCCUGAAGCUUAGGGUUUUUCCAAAAUAGCUUUCAGUUCAAGAUCUCAAGAAACUACAUUAGAGAGAGGCACUUCAGCUGCCUCUCUGAUAAAAGAGAAAUAGAAUUAGCCUGGUAUACAUUCAGAUCUUCAAUCUUCCAGCUGACAGCAGAGUAAAGCAUUAAGCUGCAGGUUGUUUUGGUUGGAUGCCUGAAUUUUGCAUACUUUGCAUCCCUGUAUCUUUAGGUUUCCAGUAGUAGCCAUGGGGGUACUGAAAUGGGUCGACUGGACAGUGUCAGAGCCACGAUAUUUCCAGCUUCAGACUGAUCAUACUCCAGUGCACUUGGCAUUAUUGGAUGAGAUCAGCACGUGCCAUCAGCUGCUCCAUCCUCUGGUCUUGCAGCUUCUUGUCAAACUCUUUGAGACGGAGCACUCCCAGCUUGACGUCAUGGAGCAGCUCGAGCUUAAAAAAACCCUUCUGGACAGGAUGGUGCACUUGCUGAGUCGUGGCUAUGUCCUUCCAGUGGUUGGCUAUAUUCGCAAGUGCCUUGAGAAACUGGACACAGACAUUUCUCUGAUCAGAUACUUCGUGACUGAGGUGCUUGACGUGAUUGCUCCUCCAUAUACCUCUGACUUUGUGCAGCUUUUUCUUCCCAUCCUGGAGAACGAGAGCAUUGCAGGCACUAUUAAGACUGAAGGCGAGCAUGACCCUGUCACAGAGUUCAUAGCUCACUGUAAAUCGAAUUUCAUCAUGGUCAACUGAACCAGAGAAAAGGUACCCAGUGCUGAAGUCAUGGAUGAUCCUGAAUUUGUGUGCUGUAGGACAGGACAUCAGAAUAAGAAGAAAGAAGAGUGUUUGGGGGUUAACUGGCUUCCAAAAUCUAGUUUUACUUCAUACGCACACAGAUAUUUUAAUAGUUUGGAGCUAAAGUUUGCCCAGUCUUGAACCUUAAGCAUUUGAAAAGGCUACAGGAAAAAUGGACUGGGCUUGCCUAUGACUCCCCUCAAAAGAACUGUGGUGUUUGGGUAGUAGACCUAAAUUAAUGUGAUGGAACAGCCAGUGUUCUCCCAAGAACAGAUGGAGGACUUAUUCUUUCAGUAUGUGAUUCCUAUCCUUGUGUAGUCUCUGCAACAGCAGAUUACAUAGGCAAUCUUUGUGACUGACAAGAUGAUUUGUUUAAUCAUCAGGUUAGUGUCAGACACGUGUCUGUAUGCACUUCUGUUCAUGGAAGUCCUGGUGAUUCAGUGAGGACGUGGUAACUUGUGACUCAGCUAUAGUUGUGCAGUAUUGUUUGUUCCCUGCAGAAGACGGUUGUAAAUACUUAAGGAAAGAAAGGUUAACUUGCACAGGUUAUAUACUUGCUCAUCACAGAUGUUUAUGAAUUAUCACCCAUUCUCUGCAGACUUGGAUAAAGAAACAAAGGUCAUUGGCAUUUUUAGAAGGGAAAUGGUAACUAUGACUUACUGUGCAAAAAUAGGUAUUUUUGUAUUUCUUGAGAUGUAUAGAACAAAUACACAACUAGAUAACGUUUCCUAAAACUGCCUUGUCGUUUACCUUUGUAGGAUGCAAAAACAUCAGGAAGUAUGUUAAACUAUACUUUUUAAUAAAUUAUCUUUUGGAUAAAG